GUGCAGUGAAAAGUAAUAUUGUACACAACUACCUGGAUGAAUACACGUCUAAGAUAGGUGAAACAGAGUGGAACGGAUCCCAGCACGAAUUCAGGCAAAAGAAAGGAACUGUACUUACAGUAAACAUGCUUCUAGCGCACCAUGUGACGGAGCUGAGCUAUAAAAUCGACUAAUGUAGGGGAAGCUCCCGCCAGUGGCGUAACCCAAUGUUAGUGGCGAAAAAUACACGAGUGGACCUGAUCAACUUACCAUGAAAUUUGCUCCUUGCCCAACAAUGAGGGCAACAUAAGAUGUUCCUGGACAUGUAAGGAUGUCAGCAUGAGUCUCAAUGUGAGAGGAGAAAUGAUACUUACGGCCAAACCUGUUGGGUGGACACUAUGCGAGCCAACUGGCUCGCAAAGUUCCACCCUAACAGGAAAGGGGCAUGGACAACAGUAUGGCCCAGAAAUAGUGAUUGAUGAGCUACCCAAGAAGAGAAAGACCCGUGACGAAAGAAACCUGGCGACAGGGUACUCCAGAGGAAGUGAAGGGGGCAUCUCUUGGAGUUCCGGGAGCAAGGGCGCAGGGCAAAACGAACGGGCAGACUGGUCAGAACUGCGAGCGAAAUUGGUUGUUGUUCGCUUCCUAGACGAUGGAAUCCACAAGGCACGUCGGUCGCAGGUCGAUGAGAAGGCCAAGGUGCCAAAGUGCCCCACCUUCUUCGUCGAAAUUCCAACCGGCGAUAUGAACAUGAUCCCAGAAUACCCAGUGCACCGUUUGGCUUCGUUCAACUGCGAAACUGCUCCCAAAACGUCCCGCUACAAUAUCCGUGAGCAGGAGAUUGGGGGACGAUACAAGAUGACACCAGGAGGGGGAGAGAAGGCGUGUGGGGAAGACGUAUUCACUCUUUGGCUAGGAAGAUGGCUAGGAAAGAUCCGGUCAUCAAGGCGAUGCAUCAGCAUAUUAGCCAGAAUGGUUAUUCGUAUUAACCGAAUUGACUCUAUGUCAUGCCCCGAAACCAUCGCUGCACUGGGCCACAAAAUUUGCCGCAUGCCUGAAUAUACCUUCGCUGAAGAGUGUAGCGGUGCACGGUGUCGCCGACGCCACUUGGUGGCAAAGAAAACUCCAAUCGACGCUUCCACGAAUGCGACAUGGACCCUUCAGCUGCUGUUAGGGCAAUAUUUCGUAAAUGAGAUCAAGUAUCCAGAUCUUCCCAGCCGAUUCAGUCAAUUCCAACUUGGAAGGUUCGUUCCCACCGGCUGCCCUGCGCUGAAUGGAUGGGCAUUGGACCCACACUCCGGGUCCGCCACGUGCCAAGGGCAAGCACAAGCACAAGGCACAGCUGCACGAGACAUCACAAAACACAGGCAAAACACGCCAAUGGCAAGCCGCACUCAGCAAUUGCAGAAGUAUACGUCCAGCUGGGGGAAAACUUCAAAUCUUGUGGCGAGCGCUCACAGUCCCCUGUGUGGCGAGAUGGUUUCUCGGCUUAUACACGUUGAAGCCAUAACUGAUAAAUCACCCCCAAUUGAACGCUUGGUUUUGGCAUCCGUGGGCGGCUUCUGUUCAUUACAAAAUGAGUGGUGGAACGCCGACGGUCACAUUUGCUGCAGAGAGCGCUCCCCAUUCAUGUACAUCUUCAUGCAUCAAGUAAUGCUCAAUGUCAAGGCUGUACCCGUCUACCGUAUUGGCUGCACCAUCUGA